AUGAGAAGAAACGGGUACGGCGUCAUGCCUCAGUCCUGGAUCUGGGCGGCAACGAGAAUAUUCACAGUCGACAGAAUCAAUGGUCCACGACUACGAGGCCUUGUAGGAUUCGACGUGGGCAAAAACAACCCGCAAGGCAAGAGUGUACUUGGCCGGCUGGAGGUCACAGGUGUUAGUAUUUACAUGCCGCGGACCAGGAUUUUUGGAGUAAGGCAGGCAAUUUUUGAAUAUUCGGAUAGCCUGACUGUCGGAUGUGGCGGUAGCGACCAUAUGAGCAGCGAAGCCGCAAGGUGCGGGUGUCGUUUCAACUUGUUUGAAAGAAAAAGAAAAGCAAAAGCAACGUGCUAUCACGAAUUCAAAGUCCGUCCUUUCUUUCACUCCAUUCUUAUGGCAAACGGUCACUGCCGCAUCGUUCCCAUUAACUUCGAGAUGGAUGAACCCAACAUUCUCCUGCGUUAUGUCUGA